CCGGCGACCACAUGCUCGACCUACCGAUCGGCCACGAUGAAGACGCGUACGAGACCGUAGUCGGCGAUCAGAGGUCCAUCGAGUUUCUCGCCCUCGCCAGGGACGCGCCUUACGACUCGCGGUCCGUGUCGAAGGCCAUCGAUUACCGUAGACGAUACGACGAGUUCCAAGGGUGCGAGUACACCGAGACGGCGCUAACGGAACCAGCGAACGAGCUCCACGACUGCAGCAGUAGCAGCGCUAACAGCCUCGACGAUCUCUGCCGGGGCCAUCGGCGGGUCUACGCCGAUUUCAAUCACGCCGAGUCCUCGAGCACGCACGACCAUUACAUGGUGCCGACACGGGACCCCCGGGAGCUCAACGAGAGGAUCCUAUCGCUGUUCAAUCCGCAAUUCCUGCCGAAUUUCAACGAUAUGAUCAUGUACGUGGCGAGCCAGUGCGACACCAGGCGCAGCCCGCCGCCCAGGUCGCGAUCGAUGGCCGAGGGCGAGGACCGGUUCUUCAGGAGCUCCAGCUACCGGAAGAAACGCGUCGGCGCCGGCUCGAUGUUCUUCCGGCGCGGUCUGAUGUACGAAACGGCGCACAAGUGACAUCGGGUGUUCUCUCUCGGAUCGGGAGGAAGGACUCACGGAUGGGUGGACGGAUGUGUGAAACGCGAGACACCUUGAGAACAAUGUCCCGCGACAGUCGAUCGACGGGCUGGAUACUGAGAGAUCCCGACACACGGAUGCUCGCGACUUUCCAGCAAGAUUUUACUUCGCAAAUAUCUCCUUGGUACAACUGUCCGUUCGAGAGACCGCCAAGGGACGUCAUUGACGAAAGAGAGAGAGAGAGAGAGAGAGAGAGAGAGAGAGAGAGAGGCGAGAGAUAUAGAUAGACCGAGAAAGAGAGCAAAAUAGAUAAAAAGAGGAGGAGGACUCGUCCGACAAAGACCAAAAUGACACACCUCGACGUAUCCCGGGAACUAGUUUCGUUUUUGUAGUCGUUCGUCGCGGAGAAGAAGCGGCGUGAGCCGCGAACGCCCUCGCGUGCUUCCGGUGCCGUGUGUCGUGUCGUCGGUGAACUGAUCCGCGAGCAGAGACACACGCGAACGUUCGAAUUAUUUUUUUAAUGUGCUCUUCAGCAGAUGCUAGCUCUCUACGGCGUGGUUCCAGGCGGGCACCGCGCCCGGCGAACGCUCGAGGACUCUCGGGCCGAUUUUUCACCGGGAACUCGAUCGUUUUUUCUCGAGUUCUUCCUAUUCCGUUUCUCACCAGUACGGCAAUGGACAGGGGAUCGCAUGAGGGGAAACCGAAGAGAGGCAAGCGUACAAGCAACAACGACGAUGGGACAAAGGAUCGACUCGUAGCUGUGUAUUGUGAUACGAUCAUGAAGAGAGACUGUGUUCGUAGCAGUGGCCUGCUUAGGUGCUUAGGACCGCGGUGAUUUAAGGACGGACGAGGAGCGUCUCGACUCGGGACCUCGUUUCUCGGAUAACACACAAUGUACAAGAGGCGAGCUUUUCGAGCGCCGUCCACACGCGUCGUAGAUUCUCAAACGCGGGAGAGCCUGAACCCGUUCGCGCGGAUGAUUUUAUUCAAGGAUGACCGAUUGUUAACCGAUACCACUGGAGGAAAGCUUUGGAAGGAAACGUUGGCCCGCUUAGAGACGCUUCGGACGUUCGAGAACGAGACGAGGCGUGCCUUCCGUAUAUUAAUUGUUGGCAAAUAUCUGAUCUAUAACAGAAACGGGAGAGAAUGCGGCCGGUAUAGAUUCGGGCAAGUGCCUCAUUUAAUGCGUGUUCCGUUUAAGAUAUUCGAUUAGGAAGGGACGAUGCUAAACGGCGAGUGAUGCAGAGAGAAAGAGAUCGAGCGAGAGUAAGAGCGAGCGAGCGAGAGUAAGAGAGAAAGAGAGAGAGAGAGACUAAUGUAAGACUUAUGCUGAGUAUUGUUUGUGCACUUAUUGCCGUGCUGUGAGUAUUGGUAAAUAGCAAGAGAGAAUUGUGGUGCCGAAGCACGUACGGUUAAUUAGUAAUGAACCGUUAUCGCGUUACGGUGUCUUCGAGGAGUAUGUAUUUUUGGCUGGGACGUGUUGAAUCGAUAUAAUACCUGUUUGCCGGUCGACCGACCGUGGUGUAGAGGUUUUUUAAUAUGUAAAUGAACGUUGCGUGGCAAAUGAGUCGCCCGACUGCGAUUAUCAAUGAUUGUUUGAGCGGGGACAAUUGAUACGAGGAAAUUUUUGGAAUUUUAGCCCGCGUGGCGGCAAACCCAAGAUUUUAGGACAUAGUAGUGGAACACAUGCCUUAAGAAUUCGUUCAAGUUUUUAGCGAUUCGAGCAAAAAUUAUGUCAUAUAUGUACAUAUACAUAUAUGCGCGUGUAUAUACAUAGUUGAAUUUUAUUAUUUCGCCGCGCUACAAGACGUGUAACGCGUACUAAUAGAAACUCUCCCGGUCGACGAAAAUAUAUUGCAACGACGCGAGAGAUUGAUUACGUUCGCGAGUUUAAUUAAUCCUGGCGGGGGGAGGGGGGGGGGGCUCGCGACAAAGUCUUGAUAAAUGCAUUCAUGCGAUUCAUUUCACGGUAUUCCUUUAAAAGCUCGUACUGCAUAUUAUCCGACACCGUAGCGAAAACUUGGUAGCGUGUAGCCGGGGAGCGAACACUCCUCGACAAAGUAUCCUCGAAGAAGCUCGGUCGAGGAGACGCGCGACGAGAGGGUCUUAGCGUGUUCGGUUAGACGCCUUUGACAAUGGCGUGAAUCGGUCUUACUAGGGUAUAAUAGCGACUGCUGGUCGUAUUUCCUUUACAGCUUAACCGUGGAUAGAGUGCCUGCGAGAAACAGCGGCCAACGUUUGUCCCAGAUAACAGAGAAGAUGAAAAGAGAACAAGAGGAAGGAGGUCCGGAGCCGGGCGAAGCGCGUGCGCGACGCUGCUCAGGAAUCCGAGUCAUUCGCGAUAUUCCAGCGCUGUUCAAUUAAUUAUACAUCGGUUCCGAAAUUGCUUAGCCGUUCGACGGAUUUCUUUGAGCGCGCUGGCGGUGACGGCGAUGCGGAUACAGACACGCGAACGAUGCAAUAUCGGCUAUUCUUCGAUUCGAAUUCGGCUUGGAAAGCUGAACUUGAUCGUUGGCACUUCGUUUGGUCAGCAGACUUCAUUCGUGCACGUUUAUGGCACAUUUAACCCCUGGCACUACGAUCUCUCCCACAACUGUGUCGAUCAGCCUCCUCUCGUCCCGAAUUGUUAUAAUCCGAUGAAACGAAACAAUUUUUGUUUCUCAUAAAGGUGCGUAUCCGAGUAUUGCGUCACCGUUACGUAUCAAUGUGGAUCGACAAUUGCUGCGUGGCAGAGUAUGCGAUGAAUCAAAUGUUGUUUCGAUUUAGGACAAAUGAAUACUGAAUAGUGCAAGGGAUUAAAUGUACGCAUACACACACACAAGAAGUAAAGACUGUUGAUAUCUUUAUGUGCUUUAACACUAAACCUAUCAUGCCGACCAUUUUUACCGGAUUUUGUAUCAUAAGACUAUUGACAUUAUAAAUAGGAAAUCUAAUAGAUUUCUUCAUUCGAACUUACAUUAUAGUAAGAAUGGUGAAACGUCUAAGUAAAUUCAGGUUUUGUUAUUCUUGUAGAGCAUCAAACGUUAGUCACUUCUUGAGCUCGAUAGGUUUAACGUUAAGUUUGCGUCAAUGUAUGUGGUCUAGUAAUUUCAAUCACCUGGUAUAUCUAGUUAGCUAAAAAGUAUUAAGUUGAUUCUAAAUCAAUCGACUGUGCAGUCUUUCGCGUUGUCUGCACGCUCGCCUGAUAUUUGUGACUCGCUGGACAAGGAUUUGCCAAGCUUCUACAUCAGUGGGAAAGGAAGACGUCGCGAUGACGAUCGAUCGAACGAUUCGACAAGAGUCCGGGUAACUCGCGUACACGCGCGAUGGGAGAAUGAAACGAGGAAGAUCAAGAAAUUAGCUGUAAUCAUUGAGAAUAUUAGAGACGAGAGGGAAUCGUUAGUAUUGUUAGCUCGUUACGGAGCUCUGUCUUUCGUUUUUGUAUGUAGGACAAGUUUAUUGGUCUCUUUUCAUCGAUCUCCGGCAUCGUUGUGAACAGACGUGUCCGGUCGCUCGUUAACCAACACUGCCGCCCCAAUUCUAACGUACUUCGAACGGAGAACAGUAAGACAAGUUUUAAAUAAAAUCCAUCGAUUUCCACUGAUUGUCAUUGAGCGGCCAGAAAAGGACAGAGAAAGAGAACAAGAAAGAAAGAGGAAGAGAGAGAGAGAGAGAGAGAGAGAGAGUAAGGGGAACAAGUACUUGAGAUUGAGACGUAUCGGAGGAAUAGCUUGCUAUGGAAAUGGAGCUAAUACACGUUCAUAAACGCCAUUUCGGAGAGGCACACAGUUUAGAGAGGAACAAGAGAGAACCGGGAGAAAGAUCUGGAAGAAAGAAGAAAGUCGUGUAAAUAGGUAGAAAUUGUUUUUUAUCGUUGAGAGGAAAAUGAAAAAAAAUGGAUCAUUUAAGCGAGAUCGAGGAAUUCAUUCGUUACGCUAUUCGUCACGCGGACAGAAGUGGUACGCAUUUAAUGUUUCUAUAUAUAUAUGUAUAUAUAUACAUACGUGGAUAUGCAUAUGUAUACAUAUUGUAUUCUCAUUAUUGCAUAUACAUAUAUACAUAACACACGCAUAUACAAAAUAUAUAUAUAUAUAUAUUUUUUUUUUAAUCCGCGUAGAUGAAUAUACUCUGCAAAAGAGAAUGAGAGAACGCGCUAAAUAAGAGAGAGAGAGAGAGAGAGAGAGAGAAUAAGAAGGAGAGAGAUAGAAAGAGCGAGCGAGAGAGAGAGAGAGAGAGAGAGAGAGAGAGAAAGAAAGAUAGAGGCAGCUAAUUACACUUUUUCAGCGGUCUUUAUGAAAGCCCGCGAUCAUUUUUAAUUAAAACAAAAAGAUAAUGAUAACAAACGAAGAAAAAUUUCGCCGACCGCCCGGUCUCAUUACACUCCGGACAAUGACAGCGAACCGUCGGGCACUCGGCAAAUAUUUUACAAAUACUGAUGUUUAUAUAUUAUACAAAGACAAAAAAAAAAUGAGAAAAAAAUGGCAAAGAUGCAUCCAACUUAGGUACCUUGUGUCGAGAUGAGAAAAUUAUAUUAUAAAUAUAAAUAUAUAUAAAUAUAAAUAUAAAUAUUAUCGGCAAAUUGUUAUAUGCUAUAUGAUAAUUUCUAAAUUAGUCGAACGGAGAGGUCGCGUAUGGAUGUACAUGUAUGUAUACAGAUUGCGUUUUACUAGAGUAACUGUAGUUAAGUACGAUAUAAGGAUAACGUGUACAUAAUACUCCGUUUAAAACUGACUUCGUCGUCGCGAUCGCGGUUUAGAAUGGAGAACUAAUAGACGCGAAGGGAGAGAAUAAUGGGGAAUUUUUCGGAUCACGUCUCUUUUUUCAUUCGAUCGAGGAACACCUACGCGCCACCACUACGAGCACGUGGAUUUUAUCGUUCAUAGUACAUGUUCAGUUUUAAAUCGAGACGCUUUAAGGUUUAAGAAUCUUCGUAAACAGGCAGGAUCAGGAUUCGAAAGAAUGUGGCGAGAUCGCGUGUGAUGCAAACGGGAAUUCCAUCGUGCGGGGGUGUGUGCGAAGGAUCGAGAGCAUUAUUAAAAGUUCGGCAGUCGGUUCGACGGGCAUCCAAUAAAUUUCCUUGCGAAUGUAUCGAACCCUUUGCGCCCCAAAGUAUUUUCUGCCUUUUAUUUCGGAAUAGUGCUAUAAAUUUUGCUACAAAUAGUUGCUAUUCGCAACCUAAUCGGAACAGUUGAGAAAUAUCACAAUUGUUCUUACACACCACAUAAUUUAUGUUCAUAAUGCGAAUCAGUAAAAUAACUAACUAUUAAUAUAACAAUCAAUGUCGAGACCGACUCGAUAUAGGAACGCAAAGGAUUAACGAGUAUGAACGGAAACAAGGAAGUUUCGCUCUGGCACACGCUUUUCGAAAGAUGAAUUCUUUUAUAGAAAAUUGUACGCGAGUACUUGUAAAUUUUCGUUCGGAUACAUUUAAAUGUGAAUUGCAUCUGCUCGAAACAAAUUCAAAUAUUUCACACCGAAGGAGUAUUAUUUGAAUAAUUGAUUACAGGGAUUGAGAGAGAAGAGUAACGUGUCUUCGUCUUUAAAAUCGUAAUUUACAUGAGAAUAUCCUGAUAAAUGAAAGAAAGUAACGAUUCAUGCAACGCGGUCUUUUGUUAAUUACUUGCGGUAGCUUUUUCAUGUUAUCGUCUGCUUUAACAGACCGCCUUUAACGGUCGCCAUUUUAAUGGAUCGUAAAAGUAUUCGAGCAUUUGCAACGAAACGAUUACGAAACAGAAUAUACGAAUUCAUCUUAAUUAAUUGAUAGCCAAAAUAUACAAGGCAUCUGGAAGCGUCUAGCCGAUGAAUUUUUGUGUACAUACAAAUACGUUAUCGAUGCUUCUACAAAUAUGUUACUCCUUUUCAUGCUCGAUAACGCAUGUUCGGUCGUACAAAAUUUAUAUCGAAUUCAAUGAAACUCGAAGUAUAAUCAACUUUUCUGCAAGCGAGUGCGUCAUUUGUAACGACUCGGAUUCAAUGUCUUCCACGAUUUAUUUACGACGCUAAGGAUUGCAUUCGCAUAGCGACCACGAGCAUUCCAACUUAGCUCCGAAAAAUCGCGGAAACAUUCUGGUGACCCCGUUCGCGGAGAUGCCGCCUGCGGGCGAAUCUUCUGCGGUCUUCUCGAACCGACGCAAAUCUUUUUUUAUUGCAAGUUCGUGACGUCCGGAGGUCCUUCGAAUCGAUCGUAACCGUUGGAAAGAAGUUUCACGGUAUUCCGCGAUACCGCGCGUAACGGUCGGGGUAUUCAAACGAUUCGAAUAAAUUGGAAGUAUCCGAGGCAUUCCGGCCGCGGUAUCGCUUCCGCACGGGACCGGAAGUCCUCGGACGGCCUCGCGGCGUUUAGAUUUGAAAGUCGAAUCGCGAGCAUCGACGACCCCGAGGGGCGAGACGCUGGCAGCUCGCGAUGCUCGCACACAUCUCGCCGGAACAGACGCGUCACACGGUUAGCGGUAGACUAUAAACGUAAUAACGAUCGCAUUAAUUAGGUAAAGUAAAUGCAACAUUCCAGUAAAUGCCGGGAUUGCCAGCUGCUCGGCAAACAGCUGCGCGGGGAAACUCGCGACAAUCGAUCGACGUGUUUUCCCGUGCACACGCUCCCGUUGCCGACACUCGCUUCGCUAAUGAGAAACGGAAACAACGAGAUUCUCCGUCGCCGUCCUCGUCGUCGUUGUCGCGUCGUCGCCGCGACGCUGAGAAACGAGAGCGAACGGGUAUCGAGCGCCGCGUACACACACGCUACGUUCUUGCGAUAAAUUGUAAUCGAAACGCUAGUUGUAAAACCGUACAAGUCCUGUAAGCACCUUCCAACAAUUGUAUCGUUUCUGUAACACCCCCGUCACUUUUUUGUCUUUUACUUACUUCUUCUUUUUAAUUCCGAAUCGAUCAAAAUGGGACUCCCUUCUUCCGAACGUUAUGUAACGAUUUGCUAAUAAAUUUGAAUAAACAUGCUGAGAAAUUGUGUAAAUUGUGGAGGCUAGGAUUUUUUGUUUUUUCGUAUCCCCGCGAAAUUCUCUUCAAAAUUCGAUUUCCCGAACGCGUCGACGCGCGUGGACUUGUGUCGUUUUACGACCGCCGCGAUUCGGUGAAACAUAGGUAACGAUGUAUCGUCGUUCAAAUACAACCGAAGUGGUUGCGAUUACCUGGUAAUCGCGAUCUAUUACUUUUACAUUGCUAUUGAUUGUGUCGAUUGCAGCGGCUGAGAUCGCUCUGCAAUUUACUUUUUACGAGCCUCGAAUGCGUAUUGUAUCAUUGGCGGUAUGGCGUGGUGGUUAUUCGGUUCGACCGUUAUUAGCGAUAAUAGCGAGCUGAAUGCUCCCGAUACUCGUGACACAACUAUGGAGAGAAAUUAUCAUUCGCGGAGGAGAGCGAUGGAGCUCGCCUCUUAUCCGUUAUCGAACGACUUGACCACGGAUCCUAAUCAUGCGGACCACUUCCGUGAACGUUUACCGAAAUGAUUAACACUCGUUGACACUACACGUCAUACAUGCGUAGAUUUUGAUUCGUGCGAUACGAAUGGAAAGAAUGGUGCUCGAUAAGUAAACCAUCUGUGCCAGGAACGGUUGCGUCAACUAUUACUCAUAGUUCGUGCACGCUUUCGGAUCAAUCGAACGUAAUACGUCGGAUUGACUUCAAGGAAUCCAUUAAUUGUAGAUACGGAUGACGUUCGAACCGUUUACCCUUGUUUCUCAUCGCUGCCGAGGAUACAUGUAUUCACGCGCGCAUCAUCUGGCGGGAAUUUCUAUCGAACGAGGAUAACGCACACAGAAUGGAGAAUUUAUCGAAUAACUUUAUUCUACGUUGCUCUCGGAGCUUUGCAAAAUAAUGCGUCCAGAGGGUUCUUGGAAAUUUGGAGGUAGACGAUGUUUGUUAAAUUUCAUUAGUUUAAAAUCUAAACUAAGCGAAAAUUAUUGUAAGAUCGACAGAGAGACGAAGUUUGACUCUUGAAGAUCUAUCAUCAACAGAAUGUUACCUCGUGCUAACUUUUGCUUUCACGUCCAUGAGGGGGCACGUGUGAGAAAACCGAUCUGUUUAUUUUUUUUUAUACGAUUGUCACGAGGAAUUAGUAUUAUUAGCUGUCUCUUAAUAAUAUCGAAGCAAAAGUUACAGAGGUUGAAACGUUGUCGACGAUAGCCUUUGAACUUGGAACUUCGAUUCGACUGGUUGAUGGUGAAACUUGGAAAUUUUUAUGGUGCACAUUCUUUAGAUAAAUAAUUGUUAUUUCAUCGCUUAAACGAUAGAUGAAAAUUAUCCAAAACUAAUGUAAGCGUAAAUAUUAGUCUAAAGUAGAAAAUAAUUUGGAGUUUCGUCAAAAACUUUUCAAGGUUUUCGAUACUACGUCACACACAUUUCGACAGCACCCUAUGAACCGAGUCGAAUGGAAACGACAGAUUCAUUUCGAAGAUAGCGAAGAAUCGUGUCAAGCGAUUACGACAGUCGAACAGUGUCGCUUUCCGAUCGACAUAACCAUCAGUGAAGCGAUAAAGUGUACUAUAUGCGGCAAAGCGGCGGGUGGCAGUCCAGGUGCGCAUAUUUGCUGUGCCAAUGCAAUGCGUUUUCUGUACAUAGUACCGUAGCCCUAAUUAAUAUUAGCUAGAUAGUAGCUGGAAUCGUGUUGACGUAGAGGCGACGGCAUACACACCGGUAGAUGUAAUCGAUAAAAAGCACACGGAACUGAGGGAUGCGAGCGUUCUUCAGCCAUGCGACACGUGGAAAUUCGCGAGUCUUGCCGCCAUUGUGAUUUUCAUCGAGUCGUCGAGAACCCACAGGGCUGGUAACGAUGUCGAUAUUAUUUAAGCGACAGCCAGCGGAGAAUUACCGUGUCAGCUACGUUCAGAUCUAACGUUUUCAAGCAUGAAACUGGCUAACAAGACCGGAGAAAGCCCGAACCGAUAGAAUCACCCACACCCACCCCCAGCCGUUUGGAAGAGAGAUUCGAUCUUGCGUUGCGAAUCAUUCGAGCGAUUGACAUUUGUGUGGCAUGGAUCUGUACGACAAUUAACGUGCAAAUGAAUUGUAAGUAACGCGGAGUGCUACACCAUACUCGAGAAAGGGUCCUACCUUGAAUCCUUUAUUUGACAGACAGUGAAUUUUCUACGGCAUUUCGUUGGGAACCUGUAACGUUGCUUACGAGCGCUGUAUUGUAUAGUAAGAUAGGCAGCCAAGAGAUGUAUAAUGCUUUUUGUACGCGUAACACGCGAGAGGGGUCGUCAAAUAAAGGAUCAACUCGUAGAUUGUACGCGCGAGAACGGCACACGGAGUUCCAAUUUGUACAAUAAUACUCAUAAUUCGGGAGGUUCGUAAUGGUAAUGGUUGAACCUUCUUCUUUUCAUUUAUAUACAUAGAAGAUACAUACGUAAAACACGCGCACGCGUGUCUAAGAGAAAAGGGAUACUAUCUAAUCGGCUGCAUAUUGCGAAUAGUAUUAUUUAAGAUAUAUCGACGCUACUGAGUUGGCUAGUUCCGUUUUCUGAUAAGUUUAUCCCCUGGUUUGCGACGUACAUAUUUGCCUUUCUCACCGAUGCGCUGAUCCAUAACUGUCCGCGUAUUAUGGCGACCAACAGCUGACCCUUUUUUUACACUAAGUUACACAAGACUUGUACGAUGUAAGGAAUUAAAUUAGGUGUUAUAGAUA